GUUCAUGACCUUCAUAAGUUCCCUCCUUAUCUUCCAACCACAUUAACAAACAUGGCAUCACCCACCACUCUACCCACACCAGUAUCCCCUUCCUGUAUCUCUUCAUCAUCCCUCACCCCCACCCGUUUUACAUACCCUAAAUCCACCAUUAACAUUUCAAAACCCUGUUUCCCCUUAUUAACCCAUCGAUCUGCAUCGUUUAACCGCUCAAUUCCUCUCAAUCUCCCCCCCUCAACAACAUCCAACACCUUCAUCUGCAGCAGUUCAUCCACUGUUUCAACAAACACCACCAAUUACGAGUUUUCCGAUGGUUCAGAUGAGGUGGAAUUGAGAUUGUUUAUCGGAGAUGAAAGCAUUCAGAGCUCUAAGGAUGUGUUUGUUGAUGCCGAUGAGAAAUUCUUAACAAUCAAAACUAAGCAUGAGGGAUCGUUUAAAACCGCUAUGGAAAUUAGCUUGUAUGAGAAGAUAAAGCCUUCUGAAACAAUAUGGUUGUUAGAUGAGGACCAACUAAUUGUUAAUUUAAAGAAACAAGAUCCGGAUGUGAAAUGGCCCGACAUCAUGGAAACAUGGGAGUCUCUUACGGUUGGAGUUGCACAACUUCUGAAAGGAACAUCGGUUUAUUUGGUUGGUGAAUCAUCGGAAAUCAACUAUAGAGUUUCUCGGGAGCUGGCUGUUGGCCUCGGGUAUACGCCACUCGACACAAAAGAGCUUCUUGAAACAUUUACGAAGCAAACGGUUGAUUCAUUGGUGACUGCAGAAGGGUCAAAUGCUGUAGCAGAAACCGAACGUGCCAUAUUAGAGAGCCUAAGCAGUCAUAUCCGCUCGGUAGUUGCCACCAUAGGGGGGCGGCACGGGGCGGCUGCAAGAGGUGAUAGUUGGCGGCAUCUUUACUCUGGAUUUACAGUCUGGCUGUCGCAAUCUGAAGCUAAAGACGAAGCAGCAGCAAAAGAGGAGGCGAGGAUGAACAUUGCAAGCGGUGGUCAGGGUUUCACCAACGCGGAUGUGGUGGUCAAGCUUGGCGGUGAUUGGGACAACGACUACUCAAAAGCUGUAGCACAGGCUGCGUUAAGUGCUCUUAAACAGUUAAUUUUGUCCGACAAAAAGCUUCCAGGUAAGAAGGGGCUUUAUAUACGGCUCGGAUGCCGAGGUGAUUGGCCCAACAUCAAACCUCCGGGGUGGGACCCAUCAUCUGGAACGGGUGCCGUCUAGCACUACAUCGUACUCAACACCGGGAAUGUGGUUUACCUCUGUACAAUUUGUAUUGUACUUUUGUUGUGAUUCUUGCAGCGGUCUUCAUGUCGUUGUCAAGUGCGCCAAUUUUUGGUUGAAUAUGGGUUUGCAUUCCUGUUUACAAGUUAAGAAGAAACAUCAAUUUGUUGAACACAAUAGCUAUUAACAAACAUUUCUAGGUAUGUGCUUUUGGGCA